AUACGCUUCUCUCUUUCUCGUUCCCCCCUCGUUUUCUCACGUUCUCCAAAGCUGCUUCUUCUUCUUCGGUCCCCGCCUCUCCAAAUCUCUUCUCAUCGACCCAAUUUUCUCUUUUUGCUCCCAUUUGACCUCUUAAUUCCCCCCUAAACGCCCCCAAAUAAUCGAAGAAUCGGAGAAGAAGAAGAAGAAGAAGGAAUUGGGGGGAUCGGUGGGUUUAAUUCAUAGUUUUUGGUGGUUUUUUAAGGUUUAACAGGAACAAUUAGUAGUAAUUAUCAGCUAUAAUGGGGUUCAUAUCGGGGAUGGUGUUGGGGACGAUCGUGGGGGUUGCGUUGGUGGCCGGGUGGAGCCGCAUGAUGAGGCAUCGGAGCAACAAGCGUAUCGCAAAGGCUGUCGACGUCAAACUUCUUGGUUCUCUUACUAGGGAUGAUUUGAGGAGACUUUGUGGUGACAAUUAUCCUGAAUGGGUAUCUUUCCCAGUAUUUGAACAGGUGAAAUGGUUGAAUAAGCAACUGAGCAAGCUCUGGCCUUUUCUCGCAGAUGCAGCAUCACUGGUCAUUAAAGAUUCUAUCGAGCCGCUACUUGAUGAUUAUCGACCACCUGGAAUAUCAUCUCUUAAAUUCAGCAAACUUUUUCUUGGAAAUGUGCCACCGAAACUCGAAGGAAUCCACGUUCAAAGUCUUAAGAAAGGACAAGUCAUAAUGGAUAUUGAUUUACGGUGGGGUGGAAAUCCAAGCAUAAUUCUUGCAGUUGAUGCUCUCGUCGCCUCGCUCCCUAUUCAGCUAAAAGAUCUUCAGGUCUUUACUGUCGUGCGUGUCGUUUUCCAACUCUGCGAAGAGAUUCCAUGCAUCUCAGCUGUUGCUGUUGCUCUCCUUGAUGAGCCAAAGCCUAGAAUUGAUUACACACUAAAAGCUGUGGGAGGAAGCUUGACUGCUAUUCCUGGAAUUUCAGAUAAGAUCAGCGAUACUGUACAAUCCAUUAUUUCGGACAUGCUUCAGUGGCCCCAAAGAAUUGUAGUCCCAUUUGGUGGUGUUGCUGUUGACACAAGUGAGCUGGAACUAAAGCCUCAGGGAAGGCUCACCGUGACUGUCUUAAGAGCAGGUUCCUUGAAAAAUGUGGAUAUUAUUGGCAAAUCCGAUCCCUAUGUCGUUUUGUAUGUACGCCCAAUUUUCAAAGUCAAAACUAGAGUUAUUGAUGACAAUCUUAACCCUGAAUGGAAUGAAACAUUUGAGCUGAUUGCUGAUGACAAGGAAACACGAUCUCUUAUCCUUGAGGUUUUUGAUGAAGAUAAAAUUACACAACAUGAGAGAUUGGGUAUAGCCAAGUUACCUUUGAUCGAUUUGGAACCAGAGACUCCCAAGGAGUUUUCUUUAAAUCUGUUGCAAUCUCUAGAUACAGUGAAAGUCAAGGAUAAGAAGGAUAGAGGGACACUCACGAUCAAGGUCUUAUAUCAUUCAUUCACAAUGGAAGAACAAAUGGAAGCCCUGGAACAGGAAAAGAGAGCUAUUGAGAAGAAGAGGAAAAUGAAAGAGGCCGGUCUGAUUGGGAGCACUAUGGACGCAAUCGGCGGCGCUGCAUCGUUUGUUGGAUCCGGCGUCGGGCUCGUGGGCUCGGGCCUCGAGGCAGGGGUCGGGUUUGUCGGGACCGGAUUUGGUGCUGUGGGGAGUGGCCUAAGCAAAGCAGGGAAAGCAAUGGGUAAAAGCUUAAGCCAUUUCAGUCAUUCCAAGAAGAACAGUAGCAACUCCCUGGCAAUUCAAGGGAAUGGACAGUGAGAUGCAACGAGCGCAAGAAUACAUGUUGUUGAUUAUUUAGGAGUAUAUCCUCGCAAAUUGUUGUGUUGUUUUGUAUGAUUUUGUAUGCGUUUAGACACUUUAGUGGGAUAGGUUUAUCGUUGCUUUGCUUGUAUUGGUAUUUGUUCUGUUCUUGAAUAUUGUUUCGCCGCGAACAAUUUGAUGUAAAAAUAACUUAUGUAGUACUGGAUGGUCCGUUCGAAGUAGGAUGAGAGAAAAUGGAAACAAAGGGGAUCAUGUACUCUACAUGCAUGAGAUUAUGUAAUUGCAAUGUAAUGGGUGAGUGUUACCACAUACCCUUACAUUGUUGUACUUUAUCAACAUGGGACUUAUUCCAUGUACUUGACCUAAAAAAAAGCAGGUGAUAGAUGUUGCCUAACUAAA